AUGUCGUUCAACACAUAUGGUCGUCUAGGAGGUCACCCUACUUCCGGACAGCGUGGCGGACCACGCGGUGGAUCGCGUGGCGGCGGACAGCGCCGCGGAUGGCGUGGCGGCUCACGCGGUGCAUAUGGCGAUCUCGGAGGAUUUACUGGUGGCUCAUACUCUGGGGCGUCGGUUCAGCCCGACAGGGAAAUCCGAGACGGUCUUACAGCAAGGCAUAUCAAGACGUUCAGCAAACCGGAACCGGUGGAUGAGGCGAACAUUGCAAUCAAGGAUCUCACCUACAUUGGCUCUUACAACUGGAUCAACGCCAAGAAGCCGACCAUCAUCAUACCUGGCUCACCCCGUAUAUGGCGCGAUAGGCCACUUCCGUACAGAGUCCCCCCAGAUGCCGGAUUCGUAUUUGUCGACCCGAACUCGCACCGCAUGCCCUCCUCUCCACUAUACCCACUGUUCCAUUCGGUGGAUAUAGUCGCAGAGGAGAGUGGGGAGAGCAUCGUGUGGCCUGGAGUAGACUUCGUCACUGACCGCAACGGGCUACGCAAGCUCCUAAGGUGGAUCAACGACGCAGAUGGCUCGGCAAAGCCGUUUAGGAUCGACAUGCAGCUGGCAGGGAAGCGUACAGUACUCUUCAGUAGGUGGGAAAAGCGGACGCAGGGGUGGGACCUCGACGGCUUAACACUGAUUGUGCGCUUCGAGGUGGACGCCUGUCUCCCAUCUGGCAGCAGUGUAUCCCAGCCUGCGCCUUCUACCGAUGCCGACAGUCUCGCAGACAUGUUAUCCGGCAUGAACGUCGGCGCAGCCUCCCAGCCUGCAUUCAUUGACGCUGGCGCCUCGACCAACGAGCUCGACGUCAUAAGCGCAGGCCAACACGUUCCUCAGAGCUCCAUCAUCGAAAUGACAACGCGCUCGAAAAACUACGUCGAUCAAUAUGAAUGGAAAGAUUCUUACCCCCAGCUGUACCUUUCGCAGACGACGCUCUACUAUCUUGCGGCACACACUCGUGGCGACUUCGAAAUGGUGACGAAACGCCGUCUUGAUAGUGUGGAGAUGAAGAAGAUCGACGAGGAAGCACAGGAGGGGUUCAGACCGGGGUCCCUCGGCAAGGUUGAGCCUGGUCUAUCAGGACGGUGA